AUGGAAGAAGCGAAAAAAAUUGAAGCCCUACAAGAAGUGAAAUACAUCCCGAACGACAACCCUGCCGUGCAAAAACUCCGACCUACAACCGAUCGAAAACACGACACCUUCUUCUUGUACCUCUCGGUGUUGUUGACACAAUUACCUAUAGUUGUAUCGGGAGCUUCAACAGUAUGGACAUCUCCCGCUUUGGUGAAACUAAAAUCGAACGACAGCGAGAUAAAUCCACUAGGAAGACCCAUCACCACAGUGGAAAUAUCGAUAAUCUCCGGACUCCCCGUGAUAUUCGGCCUGGCAGGCAGCAUGCUAUUACCCAAACUCUCCGACAUCAUCGGCAGAAAGAAACACCUCCUCACCAUGGGCUUCUUCGCGCUCGCCUCGGGAAUAGCCCUGGCCUUCAGCAACAGCGUCAUCUACAUCGUCAUCUCCAGGUGCCUGCUGGGCACCGCCCUCAACGGCUGCUACUCGGUGGUGCCCAUCUUCGUGGCGGAAAUCUGCGAGAACCACAACCGCGCCAAGUUCGGCUGCUUCCUGGGGCUGGCCCACCAAAUCGGCCAUCUGUUCGCCUUCCUCGUGGGCCCCGUCUUCACCCUCAGACACUUCACUCUCAUCAUAACCUCCCCCGCUUUGGUCUACGUGCUGCUCUUCUUCGUGGUGCCCGAGAGCCCGGUUUACUUGCUCGACCGCGGGCGCGAGAUGGAGUGCAGGGAGGCGUUGAGGAAAUUGAGGAACAACAAAACCGACGAAGAGAUUGAUGGCGAUUUGGAGAUGAUUAGAGAGGAUUUGAAAGCUACAGCUUCGUCUAAGAGAGCUACAAUAAUGGAUAUAUUUAGAAUGAGGGAGAAUAGAGUUGCGCUGAUGCUGGCGUUGUUGCCGUUGAUGAUACAGCAUUUCUCCGGAGUGACCAUCAUAAUGGGAUUCCUAGCUCCGUUUUUCAACGCAGCCGGUACCAGUUUAUCCGGAAACACCGUAGCUAUUAUCGUAGCAACAAUCAAAACUACAUCUUACCUAUUCACUUCAUUCGUAGUGGAACGAUUCGGCAGGAGAAGAAUGUUGUUAAUAUCUUCGACUUGUACUGGUGUACCACUAUUCGCUCUAGGAUUGUACUUCUACUUGCAACACGUCCAUUCGCCGGUGCUGCAGCACCUCCAGUGGCUCCCUCUGGUCGGGAUCAUAGCGAACGUGGUGUUCUACGCCAUGGGCAUCGGGCCGAUACCGAUGGCUCUAACCAGCGAGCUGUUUCCGUUAGAGCUGAGAGCGGCGUCGUCUUGCGUGCUGAGCGGGGUGGUGAACUUGGUGGUGUUCGCUCUGAUCUCGGCGUUUCCGUUGGUUUCUGAGUCGCUGGGGAUGCACUGGUGCGUGUGGAUGUUCAGCGGGAGCUGCUUCGCGGGGGCCCUGUUGAUUUAUUUGUUUCUGCCGGAGACCAAGGGGAAGAGUUUCGCUGAGAUACGGCGGAUGUUGGAGGAGUUUUAG